GCCAGAGUGACCAUCCGUUGGACCGAUCUUAGCCUUGCUUCCAGUGUUGUGUGUGCUAUCCCUAAAUUUGUCAUCACAUCUGAUCGCUCCCCACUCUGUGCAUGACACAUUCAUAUAAAGGCUUUUGACAAGCGUACAAGGAAACUAUUCACACAUAUCAUACUGCUUAACCCUGUUCCGUUGCAUCUAAACACUACAUUCAUCAUGCCUAUUUACGAAUUCGAGCACGCCAUUCGCCUGAGUGUUACUCAGAGGCAGGCGCUUGCUACUGCAAUCACCGACUACCAUGCCCUGACUUUCAACGCUCCUCGCUAUAUCGUCAACUGCCGAUUUAUCGACGUCUCUCAGGGUCCAUUGUCAAACACCUUUGUUGGUGGCCAGCCAUCCCAGAUCAACCGGCUUUUCGUUAGUCUGCGAAGCGGUGCCGGUCGAACCCAUGCACAGCUGCAGGGCCUGUCCGACAAGUUAGAGUCCAUCUGGGAUGGAGUCGUCGGCAAGGGUACUCGUGAGCAGCAAUUGAGGGGCAUCUAUAUCAAGGGAAACUUGGAUGUGGCCAAAGAAGGCGGUUUCCACCUGCCAAUGCCGGGACACUUUGAGCAGUGGGUCAAGGAUAACACGGAGGAAUUCAAGAAGUUGGCUGCGGAGGGUGACUCUGACUUUAUCCAGCUCGUCGAGGAGAUUAGAACUCGCCCCGUGUUCCAGCAGUGAUAGUCAGAGGAUUUCACUCGAUGGCGAUAGUUUCUAUUUGUAGUUCUCAUGAAUAUUGGUGCUUCUAAACAGAUCAACAAAAAAGUUUGUCG